CGUACCCGUGUGACGUCACGCACACUCAAAGAUGUCGCUACCGGUGCGGGCUCAGCUAGCUCACCUCGCCAAAGUCUCCGGGAGGUUUCUCCACCUUCACCAACGCUUUCUCUGCUAUGGAGCCCCGUCGGAAAAGAAGGAGGCUCCAGCAGAAGCCCGAGUUUUCUCCGGCAUUCAGCCGACCGGGGUGCCCCACUUGGGCAACUAUCUGGGUGCUCUGGAGACUUGGGUGUCACUUCAGGACCAGUACCCGUCCGUGCUCUACAGCAUCGUGGACCUCCACUCCAUCACUCAGCCCCAGGACCCGGAACGCCUCAGGGCCAACAUCCUGGACAUGGCGGCCAGCCUGCUUGCCUGCGGCGUCGACCCGAAGAAAGCCAUCCUCUUCCAGCAGUCUCAGGUGCCCGAGCACGCUGAACUCGCCUGGAUCCUCGGGUGCCUGACCAGCAUGCCCCGCCUCCGACACCUGCCCCAGUGGAAGGUGAAGAGCCAGCAGAAGAACGAAGGCAGCGUCGGCCUCUACACGUAUCCUGUCCUGCAGGCGGCAGACAUUCUGCUCUACAGGUCCACACAUGUUCCUGUUGGUGAGGACCAGAUCCAGCAUCUGGAGCUGACCCAGGAUCUGGCUCGCAUCUUUAACAAGCGCUACGGGGAACUCUUCCCCGAGCCCCGCGCCUUACUUAGCGCCACACGAAAGGUCAAGUCCCUCCGCGACCCCUCGGCCAAAAUGUCCAAAUCGGACCCCCAAGCCACGGCCACCAUCGCCAUCACCGACUCCCCCGACGACAUCGCCCUGAAGAUACGCCGCGCCGUCACCGACUUCACCUCCGAGGUGACCUACGACCCAGCGGCGCGGCCCGGCGUGUCCAACCUGGUGAGCAUGCACGCGGCCGCCGCUUCCAUCGGCGUGGAGGAGGCGGUGUCGGGGGCCCGGGGCCUGGACACGGGGGAGUACAAGGCCGUGGUCGCCGAGGCGGUCAUCCGGCGGUUGGCGCCCAUACGGGAGGAGGUGCUGAGGCUGAGGGCGGAGCGUCCUCACCUGGAGGCCGUGCUGGCCGAGGGACGCCGCCGCGCUCGCCAGCUGGCCGCGCCCACGCUACAGGAAGUCAGGCGCAGGGUGGGCUUGUGUUGAAAGCUCAAUGACUCCUUUGAGGAACAUCACUUCCUGUUUGCUCUAAAAGCAAUUAUUAUACUGCGUCAUGGAAGAAAACACAUGUUUUAGUUACAAUAAAUCAGUGGUUCUCAAAGUACCACCAUCAUCACCAACAUUAAAAUAUGGUAGCGUAGUAGGCCUAAGUAUUCAUUAAAUGCAAGGCAGAGGUUUUAUUUAAUACAGUCGGACACAAUUACAUUACACACAGUUUGAACAGUAACACUGUGUUUGAAUAUUUAAUCCAGUGAUUCUUUGGUCUGCCACCAGAUGGAGCCACACAGUAUGAGAAUAGAUCAUAAAAUGAGCUGAAAAACGCACAUCAAGUACGUACAAAAUAGCGGCAAGACGUAUUUUAAUAUUUACAGAAAUGUACAACAGUACUUCUCGAGCAAAGAAGAGAAAUCCAUCCAUCCAUUUUUUCUACCGCUUGUCCCUUUUGGGGUCGCUGGAGCCUAUCUCAAUACAAUCUCAUUUAUUUGCACGCA